AUGUACGCCCAACGUAUCGGUGAGGAGGAUUGGAACGACGGUGGUGUCAGCUUCGCCGGCAAUGGCAACGUAUAUCGACGCUUUCAAGAUAUCGACGGUGGCAGUAACAGUUCCGCAAGUAACGAUACAGAAAGUACCACCCUGCUGGAUGAAACGUGCCGCAGGAACGACCGGUUGUACGACAUAACGCCGCUGGAUCGAAGCGAUCGACACAGCCGUGGCUCUACCAAGAACAAAAUAUUCCUCUUCAUCAUUACGGUCGGUCUUUUCGGUAUUAUCGCGUUGGGCUACUUCCCGAACGGUAACGACCGGGGACGUGUUGGUACGAUUGCCGGCUGGGGAUUGAACACGUCGAGGGAAACGAUCGGGUAUGUGCUUCCGUACGAAAACACCACACUGAUCGAUCCGACGAAUGUGUGCAAUGCCGAGGAACGGUCCGGACUGGUGGAGCAAAGCGAGAAGGUGUUUCUGCUGAUUGUCGUUUGUUCCUCGGCUGACAACUUCGAGGCACGUCAGGCGAUCCGCGAUACGUGGGGCAAAGUGGACCGAUGGAACUAUCACCAGUUCCGGCGGCUCCAUGAACGGUUGCGUGGAAAAUAUCUGGACCCGAAAGCGACCGUUGGUCCUGAGUACAGUUGGCAGGUGCCGUCUGAUGAUGAUUUGCUCCAGGCUUCUGCGGGCACCGAAGCUAACAAAGUUCCGACGAAAUCUCGAAAUUCUAGUCAAAGUGGUAAAAACGAGAGCAACAGUUUCGCGGGCAUGCAUUUUAACAUUAAGGUAGUGUUCCUCAUCGGUCAAUCGAAGGCUGAUUAUGUGCAUCAACGGGAACGUACGUCGUUCCCUUCCAUCCGAGUAGGGGACAGUGCCAACGCACAGGAUUCGGCAGUAUCCACGACGCUGGACUUCACACACACUCCGUCGUCGGAUGGUACGGGAGCGCCGCAAAACUCACUGUUUCCGAGCGGACCUGACGUGGACCCUGCAUUCAACCCGGCCAGCAACGAGGUGGUGGACGAAUUGCAACAGCGAAUCUUAAACGAAAGCGAAGUGUACGGUGAUAUUAUACAGGAGAGCUUUAUAGAUAGUUACAAUAAUCUGACGCUGAAGACGAUCAUGAUGCUGAAGUGGGUUACCAACAACUGUGAUGGCAAAGUAAAAUUUAUCAUGAAGUGUGAUGAUGACACGUUCGUCAACGUGCCUAACCUGCUGCACGUUCUGCUCGGCGGAACCGUCCCCCUGUACGAAGCGACCUACUCGUUCUACGACACCAAAACGGUGGCGGUGAAAUCGGCCAAAAACCGGCUCAUCCCAGGCAAACACCUGCUGACGGGAUUUCUGUUCUGCGAUGCCAAACCGAUCAGCGACACUAGCAGCAAGUGGUACUCACCGGCGUACAUGUACAAUAAGGAUGUGUACCCAAACUAUCUGUCCGGCACGGCCUAUCUGAUGAAUCUCGAGACGGCAAAACUACUGUACCGGGGGACCCUUUCGACGCCCAUUUUCCAUCUCGAGGACGUGUACCUGACCGGUAUUGUGGCGGAUCGGGUAAAAAUUCGACGCCGACACCAUCCACUGUUCUUCUACUCCUCCACCAAAGACCUGUGUGCCCUGCGGGGCAUGAUCUCACACCAUCAUCUGCAGCCGAGUGAUCUUCGCACGGCGUACGAUUUCAUCACCAACGGUACGAUAGUGUGCCGGGGGCCGGAAAAACAGUUCACCGAUGGCCAUCCGAAGCUGAAAAAGCACGAAAAGUGUCAAUGA